AUGAAAGGCGCUCAGUUUUUGAAGAUGCCGUGUGUGCGUGUUUUACUAGUUCUCGUGAGGGUAUUUUUUGUCCAUCUGCCUUCUUUUGCUUUUGGGGAUGCGUUUCCUGUGAAUGGUGCGCGAGGAGGUAACAGCCAGGGCUACAAUACCGAUGGCAUGCAUCCUAUUCAAGCUGAGAUGCUUCCUUAUGUGCGUGACAUGAUUGACCACGCGUUUGGUUCAUACAUCAAAUACGCCUUUCCCAAAGAUGAAUUGUGUCCUGUGAGUGGUACUGGGAAGAAUACGAUGGGUGGCUAUGGCUGGACCCUUAUUGACUCUCUCGAUACACUAGCAAUUGCCGGGUUUCACAAAGAAUUUCGUCGCCACGCGAAGUGGGUGGAAGAGCACUUGACCUUCGAUAUUGACGAAUCAGUGUCGGUAUUUGAGACGACUAUUCGAGCUCUUGGAGGUCUUCUGGCUGCUCACUUCAUGUACGAGGAGGGCAUAGUCCCAAUUAUCCCUUCGGAGCACGACUACAACGGCGGGUUCUUGCGGCUCGCUGUGGAUCUUGCAGAUCGUCUGAUGCCCUGUUUUGACACGCCCACUGGGAUACCAUAUGGAAAGGUUAAUUUACGCAGUAAAAGUAAGGAAAUGUGGAUUUCGAGAUCAAAUACAGCUGAAGUUGGCACGAUGUUAAUGGAAAUGACGGUACUGUCGAGGAUCACAGGCGAUGAAAAAUACGAGCGUGCGGCGCGGCGUGCAUCUGAGGCUCUUUUUGCGGCCAGAGAUUCUCAAACUGAGCUUAUGGGGACGUAUGUGUCUGUGAGUAGUGGCGGUUUUUCCUCUUCGGAGUCUUCUGUUGCAGGGAACAUUGAUAGCGUCAUUGAAUACUUUAUCAAAUCACAUAGUAUGAGUGGGGACAUUGGGGACUGGGAGCGGUUCGAGAGGACUGCGAGAGCUGUGAACCGCUAUGUGCGGAAGGGUGGAAUGCUGCUAGCAGCUAGCAUGUAUAGUGGACGGCGGCUGCAGACGUCCCAGGAAUCUUUGUCAUCAUUUUUUCCUGGGAACUUGGUUCUUGGCGGCCAUCUCCACGAGGCUGUAGAAAGUUCGUGGCCAAUUCAUACGUUCUUCAAACAUUUUGGCGUUCUGCCGGAGAUAUUUUCCUUGGAAUCUGGCGAGCCGUCGUGGAUAUCACAUGACUACAUUGGUCGACCUGAGCAUAUCGAGUCUCUGUAUAUGCUUUACCGUGCAACACGAGAUCCUACAUACCUCUUGAUGGGAAAAGAACUGGCACUGGCCAUUAACUUGCCUGCGUUGAGCUGUUUUUUUUUUUGA